GGACCCGAUGACCUUCAUGGCCCCUUCCAACUCUACUAUUCUAUGAUUCUAUACCUCACAGGGUUGUUGUAAGGAUGAAAUGGAGAGUGCGAGCUUGUAAACCACCUUGUAUUACUUGUAAGAGGAAUAAAGGUGGUGUGUAUAUGUAUUGUAAUAAUAAUAUUACAAAGCUUGGCUCCAGCUAUAUCUAUCUGUCCAGAAAGACAGACAGACUGAUUGAUCUAGAUAGAUAUCGGUGCGCAGCAACAACUGUAUCAGCCAGAACUCCCUGGUUUUGUUCAGCCUCAGAAGUUGGCUUAAGGAACCACAGUUGCAAAAUAUGAUGGACUGGGCAAUUGUGCCAGAAAUGACCACCCCUGUUACACAUCAGGAGCAUCACAAAAACCCAUUACACAGUACCCAAACUGGUGAGAUCUACCCCAUCAUUCUCUGUUCAGUGAACUUUGAACCUUGAACAGAAUGUCUACACUGGCUAAGUAGUGACGGCACAUGGUUGGCAUGUUGUGUGUGGAGCUGGCUGAAGCUGGGGGUCAGACUAGAUUGCCCAGGAGGAUCCUCCUUACUCACUCUGUUUCUAUGCUUGUUAUGAUGGGUCAGAAUGUUCCUGCUUGUCACGCCAGGCCACUGGUCCUCAGCCCUGCCAUACUCUGUCAGCCAUCACCUGAUACCAGGAUUGCAUCGCAUCACGCAGCUCCCACUCACCGCCUGCCUUUGCUGCCCAGCCGUGCCCUACAGAGGUGCUUCCUCUUUCAGCACACAGGCGAUGCAUUCAGUCGCUGGCAUUCACCACCACAGCUCUGACAAUCCAUACCAAAAAACUGCUAAGAGUGUCUUCUCUUUCAUUGUUGCUGUUUUAAAUAGGUGUGUGUUUGUAAGACACAAAAAGAUUAAGGUCUUUGGCUGUCCUUAUGGUCUUUGGCUGUCCUAGAUAAUACUUAUCAUUCAGCUGCAAAGGUCCCAUUUCGUUCAAAGUACUUAGAAUGAAUCCCAUGUAAUUUAAUCUGAUGAUGUGGAAAUGAGUGACUGUUUUUAUGUAUUUUCUAGGGCAAACUGUUAUGAACUGGAGCAUAUAAAUAUGGAGUCUUAAUACUGUUGGAUAUAGUCUUGCAUCAUUAUUUCCUGGUUUCCAUCAUUCCAUAAUGUCUUACUGAUCCAAGAAAUAGUGAAGAGCUGCAGAGAACAGCUGGAUUUUAUAUUUUCACGAGUGAGAGAUCACUCCUACUUUGCUCCGUCAUCACUACAACCCUUGGACAGUCCUUGGUGCAACCAGAAACACGCUCAGGCCACGCAAGGACCUCAUCUGAAUGGCUUGCAGCCUUCUCCCCACUUCCAUCAUCAGUCUGCAUGUAGCGAGCCUCCAUGGAUGCCACCCACUUUUUGGUUUACUGUUGCAGCACCUUGAUAAAAGAGUCGGCUUUGCUACCCGCCAAGUGGGAAAUGUAACCAAACCAACAGUGAUCAUCAGCCAAGAGGGAGAAAUAUAUGUCAUCAGGACCCAGAGCACCUUCAAAAACACAGAAAUCAAAUUCAAGCUGGGAGAGGAAUUUGAUGAAACUACUGCAGAUGAUAGGAACUGCAGGUCAGUGGUGACCAUGGAUGGAGAUAAAUUAGUUCAUGUACAGAAAUGGGAUGGCAAGGAAACAAGCUUUGUUAGAGAAAUUAAAGAUGGUAAAAUGGUCAUGACUCUCACCUUUGGUGAUAUUGUUGCUGUUCGCCAGUAUGAAAAAGCAUAAAAUUUGUCGGUGUCCUGUCUGAAUUUUUAAUACUACUGAAUGAAAUGAAGAACAGUCCUAAGUUGACCAUCUCUGAAAUGAACUUUGCUGACAAAGAAGGAAUCCAAGUGCUAGUUUGUUUUUUAACUGUAUACCAUCAAGUUGGCACACACUUGCUUUGUAAAUUGCCACAAGUAA